AUGCUUGCAUUGGGAGCAUUUGGCAGUAGACAUGAUUGUGAGAGGUCAGAAAACGGCCAAUGGCGGAGAACGGGACCUGAGGUCCUCAUAGUUAACAGAGAGUCAGCUAUAUAUUCUACCCGUUUGGAAGCAAGAUACAACCAGUUGUCGAGAGAUGUCGAUCAUAGGACACUCUCACGAUUCACCGGCCGAAGCGACCAAGACUACAUUAACCUCCGGGGAAGGAUCGAGGACUGUGUCAAAGAAGCACCAGACGUUAUAAGAAGAAGAUUUACAGAGCUUUCGAAACUGAAAACGGAGGGUAGUCACAGUAAUCGAUACACUGUACCAUUCGAGCUGGAAUAUCAUCGAAAUACCAAUUUCACGGGAAGGAAGGAGUUACUGCACAAGCUCAAGUCAAUGAUCGACGAGGAGGAGCCACGUAUCAUCGUUCUCCAAGGGAUGGGGGGUAUCGGUAAAACCCAAGUUUUGCUAGAGUACGUAUACCAACAUCACGCAGAAUUCAGUUCUGUUUUCUGGGUAAAUGCCACCAGUAAAGAAACAACCACAGCAGGGUUCAGAUCGAUAGUCCAACGAUUGGUUGACCACCAUGCAAAUCUUAUGUCUGCGUCGUCAUUACCCGACUAUGGACAGAUAGCACUGGGGCUGGGUAUUUCUGGAUUAUUGAACCCAGAUGGGCAGAUUCGCGCCGAGGACGAAGUUAACGAACGCAUCGUUGCUGCUGUUAAAAGAUGGUGGGCCCAAGAAGAGAAUGACAACUGGCUUCUGGUUCUUGACAAUAUCGAUGAUCUAGAGUCUUUCAGCAUCCGCGACUUUAUACCAGCUGCUGCAUAUAGACGAUCCUUGUGUCGAGUAGAAGGACUAGGUCGUCUGAACGGACACAACAUCCACGAUACUAAUACACUCAAAGAUCAAGGCGCAGAGACCUCCGCCGCCGAGGAGGUGGCCAAGAGACUUGGAUCCCUCCCUCUAGCAAUCGAUCAAGCGGGCACCUAUAUCGCAGCGCGUCAGAUAACGUUUCAGAAGUACCUAAGCCUAUACGAACGUAAUUUUAAAAAUAUAAUGAAGGAAAAGCUUCUAAGUACAGCAUGGGCGUAUCGAGAUAAAACCAUCAUUACUACCUGGGAGGUCUCAUUUGAAGCAAUAAAAGCUGAAAAUGAAGAAGCCGCCGACCUCCUACUUAUAUGCGCGUUUAUUUCCAAUCAAGACAUAUGGGAAGAUAACCUCAACCGAGGGAUGGGAUGGGACGCACACUCGGGAAGAAGACUUCUUGACGCACUCAAUCUCCUCUUCUCGUAUUCACUAGCUCAUCGCAAAGCUAACAGGGAGUGCUUUCACAUCCAUCCAAUAGUUCAUCGGUGGGCCUUGGAGCGACUUGGAGAUAAGGAGCGAGCACAGGAAACAACCGAAGUAAGCGCACUGCUUGGGCGAGCGCUUUCGCGCACCGGUUAUAGAACGACCAGUCAGUGGAAGUAUGAAGAGCGUAUAUCUCCACAUAUCGAACACUUUAGGGAACAUAUCGAGAUUUAUUUGACAACACUGCCCCCAGAGACGAAGUAUUUGUCUGGGAUCCUCUGGAUGGUGGAAUUCUAUCAUGAUUGGAAGCGCCACCAGAGCGCGGAGGGACUGCUGUUAUACAUGCUUGAAGGGUGCAAAGAAACCUUGGCAGUUGAUGAUCCAAACACGCAGCACAUCAUGAAUCUCUUAGGCGUGUCCUAUCGAUAUCGUGGACUGGUGGAAAAGGCGAAAGGUUUACUCACACAUGUUCUAGAAACGCGCAAGCGGUUACUGGGGGACGAGCAUGUGAAUACAUUGAAUACUGCGCACGAACUAUUCAUUUUAUAUAGGGAUGAAGGGCAGCUAGAUGAGGCAGAGGUAAUUGGAAUGCAAGUUCUUGAAGCGAGGAAACGAAUACUUGGAAACGAAAAUAAGGCUACCUUAAUGUCUCUAGGCGAAUUAGCCAUCCUCUACGAGCUCCAAGGACGGUCGGCGGAAGCAGAAACAUUACACCUGCAGGCGCUGGACAUAUCUACCCGAACACUAGGAGAGGAAAAUCCGGAUACUCUUACAGUUCUACACGACCUUUCCCAUCUCUACGUUUCGCAGGGACGUUUGGAGGAGGCAGAAACACUAUUGCUGCAGGUGAUAGAGGCGGCAAGCCAAACUCUCGGAAAGGAAUAUCCAAGCACCCUUCACAGUAUGCACCUCCUUGCGGAGGUAUAUAAGAGUCAGAAACGAUUAGCAGCGGCAGAGACAGAGACAAUACUUCUGUAG